AUGGUGAGCACAUCCAUGCAGCGCCACAAGACUGGCCGCCGUCCCGCCAGAUCCACCCCCUUACCCACGGACACCUCCCUCUCCAUCCCCUUGGCGCCCAUCGUUGUCAACUCUUACGACUUUGCCAGCACUCCCGGACCUCUCCCCGCCAACGCCCCGCUCCCCACAGUCCCCCGGCAUAUCCACGCUGCAACCCUCCAACAACUCGCCAACACGUCUUCGCCCGCUCAUCCUCCGCUCUACGUGUCGAUCAAAGUCAAGGUCCCUCUCGCACCGUUGAAGCGGAUCUCGACGAUGUCGAUGAAUGGCGGAGAAAAGUGUAAGAGCCGAUUCAGGUUUGAGAUGUGGUCGUGGGAUGAUGAGGAAGGUGUGGAACGUCCUCGGGGUAGGUGGGGGCCUGGGGCGGGGUAUGGGAUGGAGAUUGUGGGUGGAGACGAGCCGAAGGCUUCGAAUGAGCUUGAUCAAGAAGCUGCAAGGGCAAUGUACGGGCGAGAGGAAGCGUAUAGGACUCCUCUUCCAGCUAUCAGCUACGAUCUCUUUUCUCAGCUCGCGAUCGAUUAUGCCAGCGACGGUUCCAAGAGACGAACCGAGGAGAUGAUCGAGAGACCCGAGUCGGCGAAACGUACAAGAGCGGUGGGCAAUGUGGGAAACGCGAUAUAA